CUCUAGUGGUGUUAAAUCAAAGAUUUCUUUAAGUUUUAAGUGCAGUAAACUUUUAGACCUUGAUGUUGUAUCUAAGAGCGAUCCCCAGGUUUUUGUUGAGUUAAAAAAUGGAGAAAGCAAUUUUCAGUUAAUAGGCAAAACGGAGAUAGUAAAAAACAACCUCAAUCCUCAAUUUACUAAAACUGUUGAAAUUCCCUUUAAUUUUGAAUGCUAUCAAGUUCUUAAGUGCUCUGUCUAUGAUAUAGACGAAAAAAAGAAAGAGUUUAUCGGUAGCGUAACUUGUACGAUUGGUGAGCUGUACCGGUCCCCAAACUCAACUCUAAAGAAGACACUUUUGAAUAACGCUUUAAAGGGUUAUGAUUGCGGAAAGAUUGAGAUUAGGGCCGAGGAACUAGCCAACAACAACGAUGAGCUAAUCCUGAACUGUUCAGCAAGUCAGCUGGAUAAGAAGGAUCUUUUUGGUAAGUCGGACGGCUUUCUUGUCUUUUAUAAAGAAAACAAAGAUGGAUCGUGGACGGCUGUGCAUAAAACGGAAGUCGUCAUGAAUACGUUAAACCCAGUUUGGCGGCAACAAGUUAUCCCCGUUCGUGUUUUGUGUAACGGAGAUUUCCUGAGAAAAAUAAAAGUAACUUGUUUUGACUGGAAUAAGAGCGGCGUCGAGGAUUUCAUCGGGUCUUUUGAGACGAGUCUCUCCGAGCUGUUGAGAAGGCGCAACUUUACACUUAUAAAUAAGAAGAAAGCCAAAAAGAGUCACUAUAAGCACUCUGGCUCUGUUGACAUAGAAGGGAAGCUCAUCAAAGGCCAUACCUAUCUGGACUACAUUCGCGGGGGGAUGGAAGUUAAUCUCAACGUCGCCGUGGACUUCACUUCAUCCAAUGGACCAUUCAACGAUCCUAAAAGUUUGCACUUUCUAGGCCACAACGGCAGCUUAAAUCCGUACCAGGUUGCUUUGCUUUCCAUUGCUCAGGUCCUCAACGAUUGGGACAGUGACGGCUUAUACACGGCGUACGGUUUUGGGGCGAAACUACCAGAUGGAAACGUUUCUCACUGCUUUGCUAUGACCGGAGACCCUCUACGUCCUUCGGUUUGUGGGAUCCAAGCGCUAAUGGAAGCCUAUGUUAAUACAGUUAGAAAUGUGGAGUUUUGGGGACCGACUAACUUUGCUCAGAUUAUUAGGACUGUCUCUUCCCUUGCAUCGCAAGGCGCUCCCGGCUCCAAGUACACCAUCUUGCUCAUCUUGACUGACGGAGAAAUAUCGGACAUGGAGGAAACCUGUGAUGAGAUAGUGAAGGCAUCGGACCUUCCCGUAUCGAUAGUAAUAAUUGGUCUGGGAAACGCAUGCUUUGACAAGAUGAAAGUUCUGGAUGCUGAUAUAUCUCCCCUCAUAAGUAGAAGAUACGGAAGAGCUAAGCGGGAUAUUGUGCAGUUUGUAAACUUUAAUGACGUCCGAAGAAGAGGAAGAGACAUUACAUCGGCUACUCUAGAGGAAAUCCCCGACCAGGUUGUUACCUACUUUAAGAUGCAUCAUAUCCCUCCUGCUAUAAGAAACUUUUAGUUAGUCGACCCUCUAACUUUUGAAAAUUAAAUUUUUUGACUACUUCGA